AAGAAAGCCACAAAGCAAAGAAAAUUUGACAAAGAUCAUUCUUCAUUUUCACUCUGCAUUGGAUUCAGAAUCCUGUGAGGGUUUUGGUUGCCAUGGCUUCAACAUCCUCUACUACUCUCUUUAUCUCGUCUUCAUCCGCUUUUGUAGACGCCAAGGCUCCUCGCCAAACAUCCGCCGCAUCCCCACAAUGUGUCACUCUUCCCACGCUUCCUCCUCCUCCUCCCAUUCAGUUUCAUAACCGAGCCUCCAAGACCACCAGUUACUGUCGCAAAAUUUCCCGGAAUGUCAGGGCAAUGGCCACUGGGGAGGCUCCGGCUGAAGUCGCAGGGACGGAGUUGCCAGAUGUGGAGUUGCCGGAUGUGGCUAAGACAAUUCAAGAAGCUUGGGAUAAACUGGACGAUAAGUAUGCAGUGACUUCACUUGUGGUGGCCGGCGUGGUAGCUUUGUGGGUUUUCACUGGGAUGAUCUCGGCCAUUGAUAGGCUUCCUUUGGUUCCAGGAGUUCUUGAACUAGUAGGCAUAGGCUACACUGGGUGGUUUGCAUACAAGAAUCUGAUUUUCAAACCAGAAAGGGAAGAAUUGAUCGAGAAAAUAAAAGACACGUAUAAGAAUGUAAUUGGGACGAGCUAGAGGAUGCCAGUUAGAAGAAGUGCUGCUGGGAUGAGGUAAAAUUUCAGUUUCUGAAGCAAAUUAUCAUGCAGCAUUGCAUGUCCAGAUGUAAUGUGCUCGAUUUUUUCUGCAUAACGUGAGUAAAUCAAUGUAAUAUUGUAAUGUAUUUCAUCUUGAAGAUGCAUGUAAUUAAGUACGUUGUUUCCUCCCCUUUUGACAUUAUAUGAUGCACAAGAAAAACUUGCUUCUCUUACAA